CAUUCAACAAACUACUUAACAUUCAAAGUCUCAAAAGAGCUUCUUUUUAACAAAAUUAGCAAAUACCCAUUUCAUUUUUUUGAGAAUCUUUGAUUCUUUUAGAAGUUUUUUCCCCUCAAAAUUAAGAUGGUGUCUAUUUCAAGCAAUAACCAAAAGCAACAACUUCUUUCAAAGAUAGCCACAAAUGAUGGACAUGGAGAAAACUCAGCUUAUUUUGAUGGUUGGAAGGCUUAUGCAAAUGACCCUUUUCAUUUAACUGACAAUCCUAAUGGUGUUAUUCAGAUGGGUCUUGCUGAAAAUCAGCUUUGCUUUGAUUUAAUCCAAGAAUGGGUAGUGAAUAACCCAAAGGCAUCCAUUUGCACUGCUGAAGGAGCUGAAAAUUUCCAGGAUAUUGCUAUUUUUCAAGAUUAUCAUGGCUUGCCAGAGUUUAGACAAGCAGUUGCAAGGUUUAUGGAGAAAGUGAGAGGAGACAGAGUUACAUUUGAUCCAGACAGAAUAGUAAUGAGUGGAGGAGCAACUGGAGCUCAUGAAAUGCUUGCUUUUUGCUUGGCUGAUCCUGGUGAUGCCUUUUUGGUUCCUACACCAUAUUAUCCUGGAUUUGAUAGAGAUUUGAGGUGGAGAACUGGCGUGCAACUAUUUCCAGUUAUUUGUGAAAGUGGUAAUGAUUUCAAAGUCACUAUAAAAGCCUUAGAAGAAGCAUAUGAAAAAGCUCAAAAAUCCAACAUCAAAAUAAAAGGCUUACUUAUAAACAAUCCUUCAAAUCCAUUAGGCACUCUUCUUGACAAGGACACACUCCGAGACAUUGUAACAUUCAUCAAUUCGAAAAACAUCCACUUAGUAUGCGAUGAAAUCUAUGCUGCCACGGUCUUUGAUCAGCCUAGAUUCAUCAGUGUUUCCGAAAUAGUAGAGGAAAUGAUUGAAUGCAACCAAGAUUUGAUCCACAUUGUCUAUAGCUUGUCCAAAGAUUUAGGAUUUCCAGGGUUCAGAGUUGGGGUUGUUUACUCGUACAACGAUACAGUAGUGAACAUUGCUAGAAAAAUGUCGAGCUUCGGGUUAGUCUCAACACAGACACAACAUUUGCUUGCAUCAAUGUUGUCUGAUGAAGUAUUUAUUGAGAAAUUCAUUGCUGAGAGUUCGGAAAGGCUCGGAGAAAGGCAGGGGAUGUUCACAAAAGGACUAGCACAAGUUGGAAUCAGCACAUUGAAAAGCAAUGCUGGUUUGUUUUUCUGGAUGGAUUUAAGGAGACUUCUUAAAGAAGCAUCAUUUGAUGGUGAAUUAGAAUUGUGGAGAAUUAUUAUUAAUGAAGUGAAACUUAAUGUUUCACCAGGUUGUUCUUUUCAUUGUUCUGAACCUGGUUGGUUUAGAGUUUGUUUUGCAAAUAUGGAUGAUGAAACUAUGAGUGCAGCAUUAAGAAGGAUAAAGACAUUUGUGCUUCAGACAAAGGGGCUUAACAACAAAGCUGCUCUUAAGAAACAGUGCAGCAGGAGCAAACUUCAGAUCAGCUUAUCGUUUCGACGAUUGGAUCAUGAUUUCAUGAACUCACCAGCUCACUCUCCAAUGAAUUCGCCUUUGGUCAGGACUUAAAGAAGGGGAAAACUGGCUUAGCUUUGUUUUUACUGUUUGUCUAAUAAGGAGGAAAAUAAUUCCUUUGUUAUAGUGAUGAGAGAUAAUUUGAUAUAUAUAUAUAUAUAUAUAGUGAUGAGUGAUAGUACUAAGUAUUUGAUUUCACAGUUAAUUCCAUUAUGUGCAACUGAUGAAAGAAAAUAAAAGAUAUAAGGUGUAGAGAGUGUUUUGAUUUUUAUUA